UUUGCUCGACGCUCGUCAAGUCUGCGAAAUCAACCUCACAGGCGGUAAUAUUUCGCGACGAGCUUUCCACCAGGUGUUUGCUUUUAAGAACCUAUUAUGAACUCUACGAUGCAAAACGACAACUAAUCUUGGGUGCAACAAAAUACGUAGACGCGAAGUCGCCGCCGACGAUGGCCGGUCAGCAAGAGGCGACCAAUCACGUCGGACCUCACAACAAGCGGCCGGUGAUUUUGAUUUACCCCACGGUGUCGCCCGAGACCGUGGUGAUACCGAUCAUCUCGUGCAUCUUCGGGUUUCCGCUGCUCGCGCUCCUCGUCAUCUGCUGCCUGCGCAGACGUGCGAAACUGGCAAGGGAACAGGCGCGCAGACGUAACGUCGACUUCGAACACGGUACAUUCUCUAUAGUCAGGUUCAGCCAAUUACACUAUCUAGGAAGAUCCCGAGCAAUUUCUUUAAGAUCUGACCGAGCGAUGAGCCGUGGUUUCCCGUCGCUGGAGUUGGACACAGUGGUCGAGGAGAGGUCCGAUCCGGAACCGGAAUUGACCGCCACCGAGAUAAUGUCGCCGGACGUGGAUUGCGCCACGGACAGGUAGCAAUCAAUGAGAAUGGAUGUCUGCGCCGAAAGGCGAGGAUUUUGGAAGAGAAAUAUUUGUGCGGAGCGACUGUAUCACGCAGUACAUCGUGACUGACGUGCGUAACCGGGUAGGAUUUAUUGUACGUGGCCGACGGCCCGGCCUCCUGCUGGUGGUCUAUUGCGGCACGCGAUCGGGUAGAAGAGCGUUUUUAUUUUUUUCAAGUUGUAAAUUUAUUUUGUUUUCGAUAAUAAUACGCAUAACAUAAUAUGUAAAGAUCCACGAAAAGAGGACAUGCAGAAAAAUUUACUUGAUAUAGACGGUAAAGACAAAUUCCCUAGAUACAGCGGGUUAACGGGUAGAAAAAUUCGCGUGAUAUAACGAGCCGACGUAAAGACAAAUUCACCAGAUACGGCGGGUUGGCGUGUAGGAAAAUGCGCAUGAUAUAGAGUUCUGACGUAAUGACAAAUUCGCUAGAUACAGGGGAUUGACGCGAUGGGGGAUGAAAAUUCGGGCAAUAUAGGCACCCGAUGCAGCGGGCGGUGGUGCAGGAAAAUUCGCGUCAUAUAGAGGGUCGACGUAAGGACAAAUUCACCCGAUACAGCGGGUUGACGUCUGGGAAAAAUUAGGUAAUAUAAAAGGCCGGCGUAAAGACAAAUUCGCUCGAUACCAGGGGCGGCGUGUAGGAAAACUGGGGUGAUAUAGGAGCCUGACGUAAAAACAAAUUUACUAGAUACGUAGAGACUGAUAUGUAGAAAAAAAUACGUGAUAUAGAGCGUUGACGUAGGAUAAACAUCACUGAAUCAGGAUCGAAGUAAAAAAAGGAUGUAAAAAUUACACAACAUUUUUGAUUUUUUAUUGCCAAUACAUUACAAAUGAAUGUUAUAGGAUUAACUGAAAGCAUGUAUUGCUUACCGCACCUGGAAUUACAGGUCCCCACUUUGGAGCGCCCUCACCCAUGUGCAUACCUUCUCCAGCGGCGAAAAUAGCUGACAAGAAGAGGUGGAUCAGCCUCACCCUGAUCCUGUAAUCCCUCAAAUGAUCCCUUUACCCUUCAUAAAGGGUCACUGAGGCGAACUUCUAAGGCAGUCAAUGUUGAACGAAACUGACUACAUUGGUUUAUAUCCCAAUACUCUAUGUUUCUUGGCCUGAAAUAAAUGUACACCCUAUAUAAUAAUUAAGAAUGUAUUAUUUUUGUAUAAAACUAGAAUUCCAUUAUGAAACAUAGUACUUAGAUGAUUAACCCU